UAGAUCUUUUUGUAACUAGACUAUGGACUUGUUCUUCAGUGCGUAUUUUAAGUGGGUUGUGAGCUUAAAAAGUUUAUAUAAUUCAGCCUAUUUGUCAGUUUUAAGUUAAGUGAAUUGGUUAUUAUACUAACUAAAACAGUGUGUGUCAUUUAGCUUUCUGGUUUUGAAAACGCUCAUUUUAUUUUUUUAAAGUAGUCAAAAUAAUAGUGAAUACACAACUUUUAAAUGACACGACAGUUCACAAUACCUUUUCAAAAUGGCAAGUUCUUUAGAUUCAGUUUAUAAAAGUUCAGAUUCAGUGAAAGACUAUUCUUGUAUUGGAUGCAUAAGUAAAAAUAUAGAAAAAAGUGCUGAUUUUUUUUGUGAAACAUGUUGGAAGUGUUUUUGCGAAAAAUGCCUUUAUCAUCACGAUAAAGUAUUUGUAAACCAUUUGACAUAUGGUAGAAGAGAAACAAGUAAAUGGCCUCUUGAAAAGGCAAUUGAGGAUUUGCUACUGAAAUGCGAUAUUCACAACAAUGAGAAGCUAAAAGUGUUCUGCCAGGAUCACAGUCAGCUGUGUUGCUGUGACUGCCUUUUACUGAAUCACAGACAGUGUACAAAUUUGGCUCUAAUUUCGGAAUCAGUCAAAAAAUUGUCUGUGGAUAUGCAGCAGUUGUCAAACAAAAUUCAAUCAAUUAUAGCUGAUCUAAAUAAGUUUAAGAGAGUACAAGAGGCCAGCAUUCAGUCCAUUGAAGGAUCAUAUGAUGAAAAAUUGCAAGAAAUUAGAACCCAGCGUAAGAAAUUAAAUGCAGCUCUUGAUGAACUAGAAAAUAAAACUUUGAAAGAACUAGAUGAAAUUAGGACCACAUUGCAAACCUCUCUUAAGAAAGACGUUGACAACUGUGGCAGACUGAAAGCUGAACUGCAACAACUCAGUGAAGCUGUACAGGGCCUUUGUGAUAAGAGCAUUAAAGACAUAGAGUUCAUAGCCAGAAGGAAAUGUCUGGAUAAGAUACAGGAGUCUGAGAGUUUCCUGAAGAAGAACCCAGUGAAGGUUCAGAGUUCAAUAAUAUUCAAGGCAAACAUUGACAUUGAGCAGUACCUGUCUCGACAGUCUAGUCUAGGGACAAUUGUAGACAGUAUGCAGUCUCUGAAACUUAAAAUGAAUCGAGACCAGGUGUUGACUGUGAAGAGAAAGUGCGAGUAUAAUGUGAAAAUAUCAGGUGACACCAGUGGGUAUUGCAAUAUAACAGGCAUUUGCAGCCUUCCUAGUGGUCAUAUCAUUAUUACUGAUUACAAUAAUAAGAAAGUGAAACUGUUGGACAAGCAUUACAAUGUGUCCAGUCACUGUGAUUUGCCUAGUUCUCCAGUGGACAUGUGUCAAAUCACAGCAAGUGAGAUGGCUGUGACUCUUGGUUCUGAUGGUGUGCAGUUCAUGUCUGUGAGCAAUGGGCAGCUGGUGAAUGGGAGGAAGUUACAGUUACCAUUAGCAGCUUUCGGCAUUGCCCACCACCAGGGAGCAUUGUAUAUCACCUCUGGAACUGGUCUCUACCACUUCACACUGGAUGGGACACUUGUGAAAAAGCUUUAUGAGGGUAAAGUGUUCAGAUGUGCUUUGAAUCCUGCUGGUGACAUGAUCUAUGUCACUAUUUACAACCAGAACAAGCUUUUCACACUGGCCACAGACGGCAGCCUUAUAUAUACCUUCACCAAUCCUGAAUUACAAUUUCCAUGGGGUGUCCAUGUCACUCCUGAUAGACACGUCCUUUGCUGUGCAUACAGGUCCAAUACUGUAUUACAGGUGGAUCAUGAGGGUAAAAAGAAACUGGCAACUCUGGCUUCACAGAGAGAUGGACUUUUCCAUCCAGUGUCUGUCUGCUACAAUAGGCAAACUCACCAAAUCAUUGUGGGACUACAACAUAACAAUAAAAUCAUAGUUAUUGAAUUGCAAUAGCUCCUCUAGUUGAUUAAAACAUCAAUAUAAACACUGUUAUAAAUAUAAUUAAUUAAUAAUUUAAUUUCAAAUUUUUCUUCGAAUGACAUAUUUAGUCAUAUCGCUUAAUGUAUUGGUUAAGAACAGAGCAUAAUUAUACAAUUUCUUUUAUUAUUCUCUAUUUAAUAAUCUAUAUUUUUAAAAUGAGUUUUUUAAUGUACCUUAGAGAUUGUACCAUUUAAAAAAUCAUGUAACAGUAUGACCAUUCUUUAUGUUGAUGCUGAUUAGUUUUGUUGUGUGGCUUCUUGUCAGGUAUUGUUUGUCACUAAACAAAUGUUAUGUACAUAAUAAUUAUUAUAAUUUGUUAAGCCAAUGCAAAUAUUCUAAAUAUGUUUCAUUAUCCUAUAGCAAUUAUUUAGAGAAAAUUAUGUUUCUGUAAUUUAUGUGUUGCUGUUUUUUAAUAAAAAUAAUGGUAUUA